AUGUCGGUAUGGAAAGAUUUAUUGAAAGGAAAUGAGAUAUCUUACACACAGCUUUUUAUGGAAGCCGUGUUCCCAGCUGUAAGGAUAUCUACUACCAACACCAUGCAAGCUAGGGACCCUCAACCCUUACUCCGUUUCCUAGAUUCUUGGGAACAACUACUCCCUCACUCUGCUCUUCAAACCAUACUUGACAACAUUGUCAUGCCAAAGUUAGCGUCUGUUGUCGACUCGUGGGACCCACGUCGGGAAACCAUACCAAUACAUUCGUGGGUCCAUCCAUGGCUGCCAUUGCUGGGGCAGAAGCUCCAGACAUUGCAUCAUACCAUAAGGAAUCGUCUAGAAAAUGUUAUGCAUGCUUGGCACCCAAGUGAUAUGUCAGCUUACUACAUAUUGUCUCCCUGGAAGACUGUUUUUGACCCGACAAGCUGGGAACAGACGAUGGUCCGAUACAUCAUUCCAAAGUUGCUGGCAGUCAUGCAUGAAUUCCAAGUCAAUCCAGCAGAUCAGAAGCUUGACCAGUUUUACUGGGUCCGAACUUGGGCUAGUGCGAUUCCGACUCAUCACAUACUUCGUAUAAUGGACGUGUUUUUUAACAAGUGGCUACAAGUUCUGUACCAAUGGUUAUGUUCAAAGCCGGAUUUUCAACAAGUUAUAAAUUGGUACCUGGGUUGGAAGGAUCUUAUCCCACCCCAGCUUCUGUCGAAUGAGCAUGUUGUUGAGUGUGAAGCCAUUGGGCUGGUCAAAAAGGCAGAAAACAUGGCAGAAAACAUGGAAGAAAAGCAAGUCAAAAAGGUGGAAAAGGAGAGGUGA